AUGCUGGAGGUCUGCGUCAGCCUGCACGAAGAAAAGGUCGCCUGGUGAGGGCCACCUGCCGGGCCAGGCCUUUUUUGUGUCACCUCAGGCUCCUCGUCUGUCACCAGGCUACCAGUCCCCUGCCUAGGGGUACCGGUCCCCGCUGGUCUGGAAGAGGAGGGACCGGACUCCGCAGCCAUCACCCUAUCGGCUGGCGGUCUGCCACACACGCAUGGGGUCGUCCGCAUCCAAGGCUGCCCUCGGAGCAACCACCGAUGAGCCGACAGAGCCUGAGCCGAAACACCUGGCGGAUCUAAUACAGUACAUAAAUGAAACUAAUAUGAGCGUUAAGCAUCUGGCUGAUGUUCUUUUUGAAAAAACUGGGAGCAGCAGCUGGGUGGUAGUGUUCAAAGCCCUGGUUACUGUGCAUCACCUCAUGGUAUAUGGAAAUGAGCGUUUUAUCCAACAUCUUGCAUCUCGAAACUCUUUGUUCACCUUACACAACUUCCUGGAUAAAAGUGUCAUAGAAGGGUACACUAUGUCAACCUUCAUCAGACGAUACAGUAGGUACUUGAAUGAAAAGUCACUCGCAUAUAGACUCAUCGCAUCUGACAUCACAAAAACCAAGAGAGGGAUACAUGGUAUGAUGAGAACUAUGAAAACUAAAGAGCUGCUAAAUACACUUCCAGUUAUUCAAACCCAGUUUGAUGCUCUUCUUAAUUUUAAUGCAAAUCCUGACGAACUAACAAAUGGUAUAAUACAUGCUGCUUUUAUGCUCCUCUUUAAAGAUGCUCUUCGUCUCUUUGCAGCCUAUAAUGAAGGGAUCCUUAAUCUGCUAGACAAAUAUUUCAACAUGAGGAAGAACCAAUGUAAGGAAAGUUUGGAUAUUUACAUCAAGUUCCUUGGAAGAACAACCAAAUUGGCACAGUUUUUGAAAGUUGCAGAGCAAGUUGGAAUUGACCAGAGCAACAUUCCUUAUCUUACUCAGGCACCCCACAGUUUACUUGAAGCACUAAAACAGCAUUUAGCAUCUUUGGAGGAGGAAAAUGACAUUUUCCCUCCUUACAGUCUCCAGCAUGCAUUGAUUCCAUCCAUCCUAAAUAGUCCAGUUGUGAAAGCUUCAGCAAGUAGAGAUUGCUUUGCAGCCCACAAACCUGUUGAAGCCAGACAGCAGAACAGAACAAUUAUAACAAGCAACCUGGAUGGCUCACUUGCUACCCUUGUAGGAGAUCUUAACAUUGAAGAAAUCCCAGUCAACAAAUCUGACAUGAAGUGGUGUCAACCUUCAGAGACAGAAAUUAGUGGUGGAAUGAACUGGCAGUUGAAUACCUGCACCUGCAUGUCAACCAUCUGGAAUUCCAUUGCUACUCCUGUUUCCUACAUGGUUCCAACUCCACUGGGAGGUCCUUCUCUAUUGGCACCUCAACCCAUGAUUUAUAACCAACAAGGCUUAAACACCAAUAAUCCUCCCACUCCAUCCCCAGGACAUCAGGAAGAUGUAGACUCUUUCAUGAAACAGCCUGGGAAUGAGACUGCAGAUAUAGUACUAAAGAAGCUGGAUGAACAGUACCAGAAGUAUAAGUUUAUGGAACUCAACCUUGCUCAAAAGAAAAGGAGGCUGAAAGGUCAGAUUCCUGAAAUUAAACAGACUUUGGAAAUUCUAAAAUAUAUGCAGAAGAAAAAAGAAACCACCAACUCACUGGAGACCAGAUUCUUACUGGCAGAUAACCUAUACUGCAAAGCUUCAAUUCCUCCUACUGAUAAAGUGUGUCUGUGGUUGGGGGCUAAUGUAAUGCUUGAAUAUGAUAUUGAUGAAGCUCAGGCACUGUUGGAAAAGAAUUUAUCGACUGCCACAAAGAAUCUUGAUUCUCUUGAGGAAGACCUUGACUUUCUUCGAGAUCAAUUUACUACCACAGAAAUAUGGCCAGAGUUUAUAAUUGGGAUGUAAAAAGAAGAAACAAAGAUGAUCCUACCAAGAACAAAGCAUAAUGCUGGCAAUUAAAAAUGUGGUUCAGUUUUCAAGACGUAUUAUUUUAAAUACCCUGUUUAUCCUUAAAGAUUGUCAUAACUUUGAAUGAUGAUUUAACAGCAAGGUGAUUAAAAAUUUUAAAAAGUAAACAUCAUUUUAUUUAUUUAUACAAACAAAAUAAGUUUCAAAUAUUUUAUGAAAUUAGCAGUAUUUUUUUUCACAUUUCCCAGCAAAAUUGAUGCUGCUUUUCAUCAUUAUUUUUGUCUGUCAUAUGAAAACUCUUAGGUGAAAUGGCCGAAAACUGUGAGGUAUGCUAUAGAAGUGAAUGCUGGACACAAGCACAGUUUACUUCUUCUUUUUCUUUUUCUUUAUUGGCUGAUGUUAUUCUCACGUGGUGUGGUUAAACCAUUUUAGAGGUAGGGGAAACACAGUUUGAAUAUUUGUAAAUUGUUUUCCUUUGGUACAUGGGGGAUUUAAUGGUCCUCUAUUGCAGUUGUCUUCUGUAAAUGGGGUUUGUGGAUUACUGCUUAACCAAUAGCUAUAUAUUAUGAUAUUCUGGACUUUUCAGGAAAUGGUAAUUUGCCUUCCUACACAGUAAGAGGGCUAUUAAGACAACACUUUUUCUAACCUCAAAUAAGUGCACAGUGUCUUUGCAAUGCCAACAUAAGGGAGAUCAUGGCCAAUGUGAAGUAAUAUUACCCAUUCAAAACGCUUUGCUAAGGUGAUUUUGUAUUUAUUAACAGUACUCCAAAGCAUCUUGAACAGGAAUAUUAAGAUAAAUGUAAAUCUACAAUGUUUGAAAAGAGUUGUGAGCUUUUUUAUUCAUGAUUAUAACCUCAUAGGAAUAGUAAAAAAAAUCCCUGUGGAAAGCCAUUGGUACAAUGGCUAGUACUGAGUGAUAGAGAUUCUGGUAAAAACACAAAUAUAUUAUUCCAUCUCAAUGUAAUAAAAAGUAUACUUGUACAACAAUGUUUUGUACUUCAUGAUAUUAAAAGAGUAAUGUUAAAACU